AUGGUGUGGCCCUUUGGGCGCGGGGGCAAAUCGGCGGAUGCGGACGAUGGGCUUGAUCAGGACGCGGCUCCCCAGCCCACCGUGGACAACUGGUCGUCCAGGGACUGCAAGAUUCAGGUCACGCAGCCCGAGGGCUUCGCGCAGCGCGUGAAGAUGCACGCCAAGGUGGACCUGCCGCCGCACAUGGUGUUCGACAUCCUGGUGGACAAGGACAACGCGCGGUACUUUCGCGGCGUGAAGGGGACCACGUACCGCCGCGUGCUGGAGGACCGCUGGGGGUACCAGAAGGUGGAGGUGGAGCAGGCCGCGGGCUGGCGGUUCCUCUUCCUGUCUGGCGUGUUCUACACCCGGCUGUUCGUGUUCCAGCACAGGCACAAGGGCAUCGUGCACUUCAGGCUGGCGCAGCCUGGCUUCAUGGAGAAGUUUGAGGGCAACUGGGUGGUGCGGCCAUUCUGCCAAAGGACGUUGGACUCGCUGGGCAGGGAGCCAACCGCGCUGUCCAGGCUGGGGUCCAUUUUCUCGGGCCUUCCGUCGCUGGCGCGGGAGACCGACGCCACCCUGGUGACCCUGGAGCAGUCGGUGAAGCCCAAAUACGCGGUGCCGCGGGCGCUGAGCGGGUACAUGACCAAGAUCUCGGCGGGCGUGCUGCGCGACCUGAUGGAGGACCUGAAGAAGGAGGCGGAGAGGGUCAAGAGGGGGGACCCGAUCCCGCGGUACCAGAUCAAGAAGCUGGAGGCCGCCAGGAGGCUCAAGAAGCACCACCUGAAAGAGACAAGCAUGGAUACCGCGAUGGCGCUGCAGAAGCAGGGGGCGGCGUUGGCGAUGGGUGGGAAGGGGGUGGGGUCGAUCGUGAUCAGCGGCUGGCGGCCGGCCUGGUUUGAUCAGGGAGGGGAGUGA